AUGGCAGACCAAGAAACAAUCCAGACCAACUUCGACCUCGGCAUCUGGUACGCCCUGGGCCUCUGGCCCGCCCUUACCAUCGCCGUCACCAGCAACUGGGGUGGACCCGACAGCUCCGCAAAGCGCGACUGGUUCGCCGGUGCCGUGAGCGACCUUUUCGCCGAACGCCCCGAUACCGAUCAAUUCGACGUCGAAGCCGUGCUGCUGCAAGUUAUGCAGGACGAGUUCGACCUGAACGUCGAGGACGAGAGUGAAAUCCCUGUCGCCGAAGAAAUCAUGAAGCUUAGGAAAGAGACUGCCGAUGGUGACUUCUCUGGCUUCGAGGCUGUCAAGAGGAGGUUUGAGGAGCGUGGAGGAAGAGUCCCUCAGAACCUUCAGGUUGUCGAGCACAAGCACGACGACGACGAGAGCAGCGAAGAGGACAGCGAUGACGAUGACGAUGACGAUGUUGAGAUGGGUGAUGCUGCUCCUGCUCUUGUUUCUGCGCCGCGCGAAAGACAAGAGCCCGAGGUCGACGAUGAUGGCUUCACCAAGGUUGUCGGCAAGAAGAAGAGAUGA